CUCUGAAGGUAUCUGGCCAAGAUCGCGUGUACCGCGUCUGUCUCGGCGCCGCCUGUAAGACAGAAAUCACGUUGCUCUGGUAAUCGGGCUUACAUUUUCCUUUUUUUCUAAAUAUUAUUAUCCCUCAAAUAAUCCCUCUUCCUUCCCCUUUUCCUUCCGCUUUUCGUGCCGCCUGUAAGACAAGAGACCACGUUAUUCCAAUAAUCGGGCCGAUACUUUACUCUCUCUCUCUCUCUCCCUCUUUCCUUCCUCGCUUUCAUUCCGCUUUCGUCCUCUUUUUCCCCUCUCUCGUUGUGCCAUAUAUACGAGACAAAAAAAAAGAAAAAAAAUCGUGUUCUCGUCUUCUUUAGGUAAUUAGGCUAAGGCUUCUUCUCGUGUUCUUCUUUCACGUUUCGCACGUUUCUAGAAAUUUUCUUCUUCUUCUUCUUCUUCUUCUUCUUCUUCUUCUUCUUCUUCUUCCUCUUCGUUCUCUCUCUCUCGAGCGGCGUCUCAAUUUCAAACGCGAGGCGAAACGGUUGCAGAGUUACAUUCGUAUGCAUGAAACUUUUACGUACGACUCGCUAAGAGCCCCUAAGAGAAACUGGAGUAAUACCUCUGUUCGCCUCCAUUCUUCCCAGCUUUUUGACUCGUCGAAGGGGACGCAGUUUCGAGAAAGCGCUUUGUGGCUCGAGCCUUUCUUCCAAUCCUAACGUAAUUCGAGUGAAAAAUGGUCGGAGAGCGCAGAUCCAGUGGGUAGAUUUUCUUUUCGUCGAAAGUCAGUCUUCCUCUUCGAUCAUCUUUCCCUCCUCUCGUCGUUUAAACUCGUCGAAACAAUAACCUUACGCAAAUAAUCUUACGUAAGCCAGGAUUCGAGAUGGAAAGGAUCUCAAAGAUUUUCGAACAGGCAAUUUUUGCGCGUGGAUGGAAAUUUUAACGAAGCGGAAAUAUUUACACACCAACUUACGAUCCGCUCCUCGAAAGAGAUCGAGGAUCGAAAGCGUUAUGCCGAGUGUGCAACCGCGCUCGCUCGUAAAGGUAAACGAUAUGCAACGGAUCCACUCGAGCCGGCAGGACACUCCAUUAGAGAGUCCUUCGGAACGCGGGCAUGCGUUUGACGCUCGACGACGUCCUCCAACCGUCAACGUCAACGUGUACGUGCGAUGCGUGCGGAUUAAAGGGUGAACCGGAUACUCGAUACACGCCACUCGGGGAUAGGAAAAACCAGUGCUUCAUCCAGAUUCCUCUUGCAUGAAAAAAAAGGGGGGGCGCGUCCGAUCGAUUCCGAAUCCGGCGAUAAAGAAAAACGAUGUAUAGUCAUCUUCCCUCGAGAACGUUUUUUCGACGAGGUUACGAUUUAAUACGAUUUAAGAUCGUUUUCAUAUUCGACGACCUCGAACUUGGCGACAUUGAAUCGCGCAUAAUAACACGCAUGAUCGUAUCUGACGCGAAAUCGUUAAAUUCCACGAUCCACAAAUACAUAAAUAUUAAUAACACGGGGCAUUUGCAAUUCUAAAGACGGUGGUCGUUUAAUAUCCGAGCAAAAGUAUUUGCAUAAAAUUGUAUCUUAUAAUUUAUCGAACGUGUUCGAAAAAUUCGUCUUCCUCCUCCUGGUUUGUUUUUCACGGAGGGAGGGGGAGGGGAAAAAAUAUUUGCGUCGAAAAUGCGGGGAUUCCCCGACUAGAAAUUAUAUCCCGACUACACGGACUACGUUCGAUUGUUGAAAUGCAAAAAUAGCGACGAAAACGAGUAAAAAGGAGAGUAAAAUAAUGGAAAAGCAGCGAAAAGGUUGUUCGAGUUUCUUGGAAAUCGUUGUCCGAUUUGAAAUAGCAAAUAGCAAAGGGAGAAACUUGCGAUGCCAAUUUCACGAACGUUCCCCGUUCGUUUUCGUCGAGAAUCAAAGUUGCAAAAAUUCGACGGUGGGGCGAGAAAACAAGUGCAAUCAAUUUGCAAAAUUCAUAUCUUUGGAUAACCUAAAUCUUUCGUAGGAAGGAAAAUUUACAACGCGAGGCGUAAAUUCCGGUGAAAAUUAAUCGUGUUAAGCGUCAACCAAGCAACGAGGAUCUAUAAACGAUGCGUUUAGGCUGAUAUGGAGAAAUUUUCGUGCUCGUGAUCGCGUGCUGCCAUUUCCAGUAACCCAUCUACUAUGCAAAUGUCAAGUAUCGUGGGACAAGAUAGCUCAAUAUUGUCACUAAUUUGCGUCUGCCUGCUCGGUGUUCUCGCUUGGAAUCUUUUCCUCAUCACGACCACCGUUUCGAGGCUAUUAUCGAUCGACGUAGUCAAAACGAGAACCAGCUUCAAAGACAUCGUCUCGAAUCAUCUAAACGCCACCAGUGUCCUGUGCCAGAGCGGGCAUCGAUUCUUGGCCAAUCACCUUCCCGAGUGUAAUUUUAUCCCCGUACAGAGAGGUCCGUGGACCGAUUUCAACAUAGGGAAAAUUUUGGAAGACGCGCGGGAUUGCUUGGUGAAACGUUUAAUCAAGAUCGUCGGUCGUAUUUGCAAGAAGAGAGGGGAUCGUAAUGACUCCGUAUCGUCGAUGAAAAUCAUCGAGGCGGAGAAUGAGAAAAGGAUGGAUUCGAGCAACGAUCUGGUCAGAUUGUUGAAAGGAUCGAGCAAAGGGUCGUUGCUGAUGGACAAGGAAGGGGCGAACGAGCGAAAGGGCGCAACGCUGGAGGAGGACGAAGGAGGGGUUGCGGCGAGAAGCGUGUCGGGGAGAAUGGAGAAAAGGGAGGAAACGGGGAGCGCGAAGAAGAGGGGGAGGAAGCGCUGUUCGGCCACGGAGAGGAAGUUGGAGGUGAAAACGGUGGAGUCGGAGGAAACGAUGGUGGAUCCAUCGCUGGAGGAGAAGUUUCUGGUUUCGAUCUUGGAGGAGAGCGGCGUACUGAGGGCGACCUCGAAGGAACUGUUGAGCAUUCAGAUGAACGUGUUGAGAAAAAGCGUUCACCCCUCCAGAGAUCGUAUCUCGGAGCAAGAGCACGAGGACGACGAAGAUCUGACGGCCGACUCGGAGAAGAUUCCGGUUGCCGCCGAUUCCCAUCAGGAGGAGAGGAAGGAGGAGGAGAGGAAGGAGGAGGAGAGGAAGGAGGAGGAGGGUGAGGCGGGGAAGGAGGAGAAAGCGGACGAGACGGUGGUGGAAAUCGAAGCGGGCGUAACGCGUUCGAGCAGGAACGAUUUGGGAUGCGAAAACGAUCGGCGGGAGAAGGAGGAGAAGGUCGGGUCGCCUCCAGACGUGGACACGUUGAAGAACAGCAACGCGACCGAGUCGACCAUCUUCUUGAGUCGAUCUCCAACGACCAGCCACGGUAAACAAGAGGACGACUUGAACGCGAUAAUUCGACGAAUGAUAAUGAUGGAGUUGAAGAGGCACAGGAAGAAGGAGACGGUGUUGAAGAGGGCCCACUCGGACACGGAGAGCACGCUGGCGAGGAAGAGGCGAAGCGAGGACAGCAGAACAGGUCUGUUCGGCGGCAAAGGCCAAACGUUUUUCCGAGAUUUGCUGGAGCUCGAGGAAAGCCUUCGUAAGCGGACCGACGACGAAUCGGAUUACCAAUUGACCGACCAAUUGAAGGUCGGGAUCGAUCGGCCGAUCGCGAAACUCGAGAGUGGCGGCGAGCGAGAACAAAAUCGGUCGAGGAACGAUAUCGACGUGACCACGAUCGACCCUGCCCGCUACUCUCUAAACUCGAUAGGAACCGCUUACAAGUCGGACUCGAAUAUCGAGCUCGAGAGAAAAGUGAACGCGCCUUGUCUCAAGGAUGCGGAGGGGAAACGAUCGAUCAGGCACAGAAAAGUUACCGUGAUCAAUCAGCAAAAUCAGGCGAACAAAUCAACACAGACGGAAUACGUGUACGUAAUUCGAGCAGUGAGAAGUUGCCCGCUUCGAAAGAAACGCGUCUCGAUGCAGUUCCAUAUAAAUCAACUAGCAUCGAAUUCCGACGCGAUUUAUUCGAAAACAGUUUUCGCGAGUCUGGAUCUCUCGACAUUCAUCUUCCGGAAAGCUUCGGAUAAUCUCAUCUACGAAAAGGGUAAAGGCAGUCGCAGCCCUAGCUACAUACCCACCCCGGAAAGGCAUCGAUGGAAAUACAUAACGCCUAGUAAAAACAAGUGAAAGAGAACGCGCAGUUUCGUCCAAAUAUUUGUACGCAUAAUUGAAAUUUAAUAAUCCUCGAAAUCGAAAAACCGUUAGAAAUCUUUCGCAAAUGUUUGUUGAACAAAUAAAAAAACGACGAAUAUUCAGAGAAUAUCGUAGACAAUCGUCAUCCUUAACGGUCAACCUUCAAUUUAAUUUCUUUUUCUACUCUACGUUUUCGACGACGAAUAACCGAAUAAGAAAGAGGUAGGAUAUCGGAAAAGAAAAGUUUGGAGAAACGAGCAGCUCUUGGAGAUAAGUUCUCGAGGCAGCGAGUAAACGCUAUUCGAUCGUCUUUGAUGUUUGGAGACAAGCUUUCGACCGUUUUCACCGGAGAAAUGCGAGGCGAGAGAGAAAGAGAGAGAUUCAUAGUGCAAAUAUGGUCAGGAUUCAAAGUAAACUCUUAAAAGUACGUAGCGUACGUGCUGGGAGACUCGAGUAAUUGUAAACAGUGGUCAAAGCUUUUGAUCGGACGUAUCGCGCGUUUCUUGGAAAAAUUUGUUCGAUACGACCACGGAAUUGUAUCGAAUACUUUAUUCCAUGUUCUAUUGUUAGUUCUCUGCGGUAAAAGAAAAAAUUUGCCGAAUCUUCUCGAACGGAAGGAAACGAACGAAACGGAUGACACGGCGUUCUUUCUUUCGAGAUGAAUAACGAUUUCUUCGAUUGAAAUUUUAGCUGCAGAUCUUUAUUAUGUAUUCCGUGAUUGGGCAUCGAACGUUUGGAUGAGAUUUAACUGUGAAAAUAUUACAAGUGGAAUGCCGAUAAAUUACUAGGCAAUCGACUAUAUAUUAACUUUCUCCUAAUUGAGUUGUUUCUUCGAAGCAUUGUUGGAACCAACGAAAUUACAAUAACAAAUGGAUAUUAAAGAUUUAUAA